GCCCAAGGUCACCCAGGAGCCGGCGCGGGCCCGGGGCAGCGCUCGGGCAGUGGGGGGACGCUUGCGGCCAGCCGCGAGGGGCGAGGUCCUGGCAGCCUCCUGGGCGCCCACUCCCGCUUGCGCCCCGCCGCCGUCGCCGUCGCCGUCGUUGCGCCCGGGGGGAAACCGCCGGGGCUGGGGGCGUGGAGCCCGCGCAGCCCGGCCCCGUCGGCCGGGGAGGAGGACGAUGCGCGGUGCGCCCAGGACCCUGUGGGCACUGAAACCCAACUCACCCAUGCCUAUUUCCUGUAAUGGAUGAACUUGAUGCUAAUGUGAGUUCCAAGGAGGGUUUUGGGUCAGUGGAGAAGGUCGUGCUGCUCACAUUUCUCUCGGCGGUUAUCCUGAUGGCCAUCUUGGGGAACCUGCUGGUGAUGGUGGCUGUGUGCAGGGACAGGCAGCUCAGGAAGAUAAAAACCAAUUACUUCAUUGUAUCUCUCGCCUUUGUGGAUCUUCUGGUCUCGGUGCUGGUGAUGCCCUUUGGUGCCAUCGAGCUGGUUCAAGACAUCUGGAUUUAUGGGGAGAUGUUUUGCCUCGUCCGGACAUCUCUAGACGUCCUGCUCACGACGGCAUCGAUUUUUCACCUGUGCUGCAUUUCUCUGGAUAGGUAUUAUGCCAUCUGCUGUCAGCCUCUGGUCUAUAGGAACAAGAUGACCCCUCUGCGCAUCGCAUUAAUGCUGGGAGGCUGCUGGGUCAUCCCUAUGUUUAUCUCUUUUCUCCCUAUAAUGCAAGGCUGGAAUAAUAUUGGCAUAAUUGAUUUGGAAAGGAUAUCCAAGCCAAGGCUGGGCCAGGAUUUGCAUGUGAUAGAAAAAAGGAAGUUCAACCAGAACUCUAACUCUACGUACUGUAUCUUCAUGGUCAACAAGCCCUACGCCAUCACCUGCUCUGUGGUGGCCUUCUACAUCCCGUUUCUCCUCAUGGUGCUGGCCUAUUAUCGCAUCUACGUCACAGCGAAGGAGCAUGCCCACCAGAUCCAGAUGUUACAACGGGCAGGAGCCUCCUCCGAAGGCAGGCCCCAGCCAGCCGACCAGCACAGCACUCAUCGCAUGAGGACAGAGACCAAAGCAGCUAAGACCCUGUGCAUCAUCAUGGGUUGCUUCUGCCUCUGCUGGGCUCCAUUCUUUGUCACCAAUAUCGUGGAUCCAUUCAUAGACUACACUGUUCCUGGACAGGUGUGGACCGCUUUCCUCUGGCUUGGUUACAUCAACUCUGGGUUGAACCCCUUUCUCUACGCCUUCUUGAAUAAGUCUUUUAGACGUGCCUUCCUCAUCAUCCUCUGCUGUGAUGAUGAGCGCUACCGAAGACCCUCCAUUCUGGGCCAGACUGUCCCCUGUUCAACCACAACCAUUAAUGGAUCCACACAUGUGCUAAGGUACACAGUUCUGCACAGUGGACAUCACCAGGAACUUGAGACACUGCCCAUACACAAUGACCCAGAAUCCUUGGAAUCAUGCUUCUGAUUGAGAACAUGGCUCGUGAUUAAGCCAUUCAUUCCCAUUCAUGUCUGCAUGAACAGGACUCCCUGGCAUCUCUCUUGACCCUCAUCACCACCAGUGAGGCAUGAGGCAGUGGGGCCGGGGGCCCAGGGAAGCUACAUGGAACACAGUGUUGGACAGGACCAAGGCCAGAAUAUGGAGGAUCUCAGAGCUGAGAAGGGACUUCAGGCAUCUUCAGAUCCAGCCUCCCAUCCAAUGCAGGAGUAGCAUCUUCCAUAGCAUCUCUGGAAGUUGGUCAGUCUCUGCUUGCACACCUCCAGGGAUAGGAGCUCACUACCUCCUAAUGCAGUUCCUUCUAUUGUAGGGAAGCUUUAAUUAUAAGAAAGUUUUUCCUUUUGUUGGAACACAAUCCUGUUUUGGCUCCAUCUUCCAUCGGGGGUCAUGCAGUUAGCUCCCUAUUCCCUUUGAAAGCCCUUAGAUAUUGGGAGACACUGAUCUGCCAUCCACCCACCCUUUUAAGUCUUCUCUCCAAGCUAAACAGCUCCAAUUUCCUCUCCAUUGUGGCCAUCCUCUGGACAUGCUAUAGUGGGUGAAUUAAUCAAGGCUCUUGUAAUGAAGUCAGAUUGAUAUCAAUGCCAAGAUGUCUGUCCAGAAGCACUAAAGAGCUGACGAGUGAAACAUCAGUAUUUUCUGGUUGAUAGAUAUGAACGUUUCUCCUUUCUUUUUUCUUGGGGAUAGAUUUGGAAACUGCUCAGGGUUUGAUUUUAGAUCCAUUACCCAAAGGCAUCUUUACUAUUGGUCUAAUUUGUGUGUGUGUGUGUGUGUGUGUGUGUGUGUGUGCGUUUAAGGAUGACAUUUUUCUCAUUGGCAUACUGGCUCUGAGGUCACGUGGAAUGAAUCUUGAUUCAUUUUCCUUCCACGACAAUCGGAAAAGGAACUGCACCUUUACGGAGAAUGCUGAUUAAGGAUGGUCUUGCAACUCAGAUUUGGUGAGGAAAUGAAGUUGCUCCAAUAAGACACACUUUAGGGGCUUUCAGGCCCCUGUGCUGAAGCAGUGCUUGGUCUCGGGCCCGGCACUUUGCUCGCUGGGGCGAAGACAUAAUCACAGACCAACUUACUUUCUUGGGAAAAUUCACUGGCCCCCUGCCUGUGAGGCUGCUGGGGCUCCAUUUUUCUGUUUUCUGUUUUCAUCUUUUUUAGCAUCUCACUUCCUCCAAGCUCCUCAGGAGAUGCUCCCCUGAUGUCAAAGCUACCAGCAAAUCAUUUUGUCUUGGGGUGAAUUAUCCCCACAGGUUGAAACUCUUGAGGGCAAAUUUUCUUCCAGUUGCCUUUCUUUUGACUGCUGAUAAAAAUCUUAUUGCGAAGAUGGAAUGCUGGUCCUUAGGGAACCAGCCCAGGGAACAGGCAAUGUGGGGGGGUGGGUGGAGCUUACAAGAUAACCUUGUGCCUGAAGUUUCUAGCCUCACCAGUUCUCCUUGCCUUUGUGCUUGAUCUGUUCAUCACAUUUUCCUUCCUAAGUCAUCCCAGAAGCCACAAUUGCCUCCUUACCACCGAUUUUAUCCAUGGAAGCAGAACCCCCUGGUUCUCCCUCUUCUCUCCAUCCCCAGAAAUGGUGGGAAGGAUGAUCAGACACCCUGGUUUUUUGCACUGCAAGUCCCACAUCCCAGGAAACCCCUCAGUUCCAGGCAUAGGAGGCUGGCUGGUCACCCCACGUAUGGGACCCUCCCAGAGAGGAUUAACAGGCUCCUCACAGCUGCAUUUUCUUUCUACACUUUUUCAUGGAAAAGGCAAAGCUGAGUGAAUUCGGGGCUCCAGAGUUCUUCCCGUGCUGUCUGAAUGAGGUCUCUGAUCUCAAAGCACAAAGAACUUCUUAGGGAAAGACUAAGAGAUCAUGAGAACCAGAUCAUCGUGAGGAGGAAGAGGUUUAAUGCUUUGAGGCAACUGGUAAGCUUUGUUGAAUGUCCCCGAAGUUGACAGUAUCUACUGUUGAGUACAUAGAUGCAUACACAUGCGCAUAUAUCCAGUAAGAUUUGUUCCCUAUGAAAUGCUUCUUUUCCCAGGAGCUUAGCAAGCUUAUCUGCUUGUGUAAAAUUAUGAUUUCUCAGUGGUAGGUCUACCAUAUUCGGUGGGAGCUUGGAUUCAAGAGGGAUCCACAGAUUACAGCACGCGUGGGAAAAUGAGAUCUUGCCAUAUCCUUAGGCCAUCCUCUUCUGGACUCUCGGGACACGCUUCUGUGGGCCAGCCCCUGACUGGUGUCUGCAGAGGUCACAAGCACCCUGGCCCAGGGAAACAGUAGUGAUUGAGGAACUAGAAGCCCGUGCCGUUGUCAAGAAGAUGGUCUCCUUUGCAGAGAAAUCCUCACAAGCAAACUUCGCUCUCGCUUUGGACCAGGGCUGGGAUGAUGUGGGUGCUGCACCCAACAGCCACACUGGAAGUUUAUAGGACAGGACCAGAGGCGCUCUGUCUAGACAGCUGCUAGCCUGGCAUUACUUAGCGGUCUGGCUUCCGGGAGUCCAGGUAAUAGAGCAUGUGUAUGGAAGACGGAGAAGGAGGAGAUGUAGACAGAGCUUGUCUAAGGAAGGAGGAGACUUACUCUGCUGUCUUCUCUGAGAAGGCCACCCUCUUCCAGGUAGCCCCAAGUGUCAAGAAGAGAUGCUUCCGGGCGGGCGGUGCGUACGCCUCUGGCCACAUCUGCCAGGUCAGCCUGGACGAUCACGGGGGUGUCGGUGCUGCAGCCAGACUACCCCACGCCUGGGAUCGAGGGGCUCCAGCUGUGCUUGUUCUCAACAUGACUCUCCAGCUCACAGGUCUGUGCAGGUAGAAGCCCCGAACUCCCUGUCCAGCUCCUGGUCAGCAGCUGGAAAGCGAAAGAGAUCAAAACCAACUUCUUCAACUGACCCCCAAGUAUGUGUUUGUAGACAACCCCGUUCUUCCUGAGAUUUCACCUUCUCAUCUCGCCACCAUUUCCACUUCACGCUGCUCACUUGCUCUGUCCUGGAGCAAACUGGGAAACGGGGUGGGGGGAGGAGGAGGGGUGUAGGGCGGAUGAAGGAGGGGAUCCAAGGAGGGGCUGGGAGUGGCUAUAAUUAAACUGCCUUCAAUGUUGUCUUCAAGUAAGAACAAAGUAACGUGUUCUCGGUGCUGUGCGGUCUGCCCGUUUUUCUCUUUGGUGUUUCAUUUCUCUCCGGGGAGAAAUCAGUGUUGCUUUUGUCUUUCUGUUGCUCUGCUCUGCUCUGGUCAACGUUCUUCCUUGUAAACUCCUGGUCUUGUGGGUGGAAAAGACUAAUGCAUUUACCUUUUCUGGCCGUGACCUGCGAUCUCUUUUUCAUUCAGUCUAGAAAACUGAGGCCGCGUGUUUGGCUUAAAUUUAAACAAAUCAGGGAUGCAUUUGAAGGCCUGGGUUUGGGACAGCAUGCUGCUUUGGACCUUAACCAGCUCUUGUCUUGCUUGUCUCAGCCACAAAAUAGAGAAACUCUUGAGUCGGUAGGAUUGUUGGGAGUGUUCCAACAUGCAUCCAAGGGCCACUGUUAGGAUUUUCCCCAAAUAAGUGCCCUGCCUAUACUGCGAUUUACUUAAUAUUUUCGUUUAAGUCAAUUCAAGUUUUCACUUAAACAUUUUAGAAACAUUAUAUCAAUCCCAGAAUAGAAAAUCAGUAUUACUUGCCAAAAAUAAAAAGCAGCCAUAGAGAUAAAGAAAUGAAAACAAGGUUUUUAAGUUCUAACUUAAGCCCAGUGCUUAUGUGUUUAAAAGGGAACUGA